UUUUUUUUUUUUUAUUUAUUUUUUUUUAUUUUUUUUAUUUUUUUAUUUUUUUAUUUUUUUUAUUUUUUAAAUGUGUCUUAACUUUACAGGGAAGACUAUGGAAAAUGUAAGAAAUAGAUUAAAAAAAUGAAACUCGUUUCGGAUGAAAAAACGUGUUCUAAGUUAAUUAACCGAAAUACGUUUAAGGACAUUACAAUUUAUAACGAAAACCUAGCGGUAAUACAUUUGGAUAUAGAUGAAUUGAAAUUUGAUAAACCAAUAUACGUAGGGAUGGCGAUUUUGGAUAUAUCAAAGACAUUAAUUUAUGAUUUUCAUUAUAACUCUAUGGUUAAAAGUUAUAGUUCAAAUAUUCAACUGAUGUAUACGAAUACAGGUACAUAUUAUAUACAUAUAUUGCAUAAAUGUUUAUUUACUAAUAAAUAAAUUUUUUUUUUUUCAGAUUCAUUGAUAUAUUAUAUAAAGACAUCUGAUUUCUACGCUGAUUUGUUGAAUAACCCUGAUCUUUUAAAUCGUAUGGAUACUUCAAACUUACCGAUCAAUCAUCCAUGCUAUUGUAUCGACAGGAAGAAAUUACCUGGGACUUUUACUGACGAAGCGGAUGGAAAAGCUAUUACAGAGUUUGUUGCACUACGAUCUAAAUCAUAUGCAUAUAAUCUAUCGGGUGUAGAAAAAAUCAAAGCGAAAGGUGUCAGAGGUCAUGUCGUUAAAAAUCAUAUGAGUUUAGCAGAUCAUAAACAAUGUUUAUUUUUCAACGGCACAACGGUUGAUAGUGAUACUGGUAGAGGCAUAGCUAUAAAACAAUUCGAGUUGUUUAAAUCUACAGGUCACACGCCUUCAACAAAACAGUAUACACCGUUUCGAGUAAACAUAUCACUAAGAUCUUUUAAACAUCAGAUGAAAUCAAUUUCAACAGUUAAAUUAGCUUUAAACCGAUCGGACGAUAAGAGGAUAGUCCUUGAAAACCAAAUUAAUACCUUGGCUCAUGGACAUUACAGUUUAGAGUGAGUUGAGAUAAAUAGAUAUUAUCAUUCUUUAUAUAAUAAUAAUCUAAUUAUAUCUAUGUUGCAGUCAAGAAGAGGAGAAUUUAACUAACACACAAUCAUGAAGUCUUCAUUAUAAUUGAUUUAUUAUUAUUUGUGCGUCAUUAAAACAGUAUAUAAUAUAU